AUGACGCAGGAAUCCAGAUCGAAGUCAGCUUUGUGGGAGGGCACACCGCAAUACGACUAUGUCUGCUUUGAGAAAUGCACCCGUUACGGGAUACCUUUGGAGGCAGGACACGAGGCCGGGGGGACAGGGGACGACCUGCACUGCCUGGAGAACUCCCUCAGCUACCCACAGCUUUAUGGCCAAUACACAGACCAGAUAACUGACUUUGCAGAGAAGGAAGCAGCAAAACUACUGAAUGAGAAGCGGGCCCAAAAGAACAAUGAAAGACCCCUGAAACGCGAGAGUCAAGUAGAGAUCAAAGAAGAGCACUAUUCCAAAUGUCAAGACUGUGCUAGACGCAUCCAGAAAUACGUUACCAAGAAGCUUGGAGAGGACUGGAUUUUCUUGGUUCUGUUGGGUCUGGUCAUGGCGUUGGUGAGCUGGGGAAUGGAUUAUGCCAGUGCGAAGAGCCUACAGGCCUACAAGUGGAUGUACAGAGAGCUGCACCCGAAUGUUCCUAUGCAGUAUCUGGCGUGGGUCACAUACCCACUUGUUCUUAUUCUGUUUGCGGCCAUUUUCUGCCACCUCGUCUCUCCGCAGGCUGUUGGGUCUGGGAUCCCCGAGCUCAAGACCAUUAUGAGAGGAGUGGUCCUCAAGGAAUAUCUCACUCUCAAAGCUUUUGUGGCCAAAGUCGUAGCCCUCACAGCUGGGCUUGGAAGUGGCAUGCCUGUGGGGAAAGAGGGUCCUUUUGUGCAUAUUGCCAGUAUCUGUGCUGCAGUACUCAGCAAAUUCAUGUCAAUCUUCUGUGGUGUGUAUGAGCAGCCAUAUUAUUACACGGAUGUCCUGACUGUGGGUUGCGCUGUGGGGGUCGGCUGCUGCUUUGGGACACCACUUGGAGGGGUCCUUUUCAGCAUUGAGGUCACUUCCACUUACUUUGCUGUGCGCAAUUAUUGGAGAGGUUUCUUUGCAGCUACCUUUAGUGCCUUCAUUUUUCGAGUCCUUGCUGUUUGGAACAAGGAUGCAGAUACCAUCACAGCCCUGUUCAGAACGAACUUUCGCAUGGAUUUCCCUUUUGAUCUGCAAGAGCUGCCAGCAUUUGCUGUAAUAGGGAUAUGUUCUGGAUUCCUUGGAGCGUUUUUCGUUUAUCUCAAUCGCCAAGUGGUCCUAUGCAUCCGGCGUCAUACGGCUCUGAGCCAGUUUCUCACCAAAUACCGCCUCAUAUACCCUGGGGUUAUAACCUUCCUUAUAGCAACUGUGACCUUUCCUCCCGGAUUUGGGCAGUUCAUGGCAGGAGAGCUGAUGCCACGGGAAGCCAUCAGCUCUCUCUUUGAUAACUAUACCUGGGCAAAAUACACAGGGGACCUUCAGAUCCUAGGGAAAUCUGCUGCCUGGAUCCAUCCUAAAGUCAGCGUCUUCAUCAUCAUUCUGCUCUUCUUCCUCAUGAAGUUCUGGAUGGCUGUCAUUGCUACCACAAUGCCAAUACCCUGCGGAGGAUUCAUGCCUGUUUUUGUUAUAGGUGCUGCAUUUGGGCGUCUUAUUGGGGAAAUCAUGGCAUCGCUUUUUCCCAAUGGGAUCCUCUUUGAUGGUAUUGUUUAUCAAAUCUUACCUGGAGGGUAUGCUGUCAUUGUUUUCUUCUCUCCCUAUUCCUUUUUCACCCUACCUGGGAAAGGUGCAGCAGCUCUGACAGGAGCAGUGAGCCACACUGUCUCCACUGCUGUGAUCUGCUUUGAGCUGACGGGUCAGAUCUCUCACAUCCUCCCCAUGAUGGUGGCUGUCAUUCUUGCCAACAUGGUGGCCCAGAGUCUGCAGCCCAGCCUCUACGAUAGCAUCAUCCAGGUGAAGAAGUUGCCCUACCUGCCAGACCUGGGCUGGAAUCACAUAAGCAAAUACAAUAUCUUUGUUGAGGAUAUUAUGGUCCAAGAUGUGAAAUUCGUCUCCUCCAACUGCAAAUACCGAGACUUGCAAACUCUACUCCAAAGCACCACUGUUAAGACUUUGCCUUUGGUGGACUCACCAGAGACCAUGAUCCUUCUGGGGUCUGUAGAGCGAUCGGAACUGCAGGCUCUGCUCCAGAGACAUAUAAGCCCAGAACGGCGACGGCUCCUCAACCGAGAAAUGCAGCAGAAGCUGUCUGAGGCACCCUACGAUGGGCACAGCAAGGGACCAUGGGCAACCCUACCAAAGCUGAAGCAUGAAUCUUUUGCUUAUGUUGAUGAGGAUGAGGAUACAGAUGAGAAAGGAGAGCUGCCUCGGCCCCCAAGUCCCACUCCCAGUUAUCCAGAGGAGCCCAAUGGCCCGACCAGUCCUCUUAAACAAAUGCCUGAAACUUUGGAGCCACAGCAACUGCCGGGUGCUGAUUUCCCAGAGACUGAGAGGAGCUUUCUCUGCUAUUCCUUUAUUAAAGGCAAUUUCAGGAGUUUGAGGCAACUGAUCCAGCAACUCUUGUGCCAUUACAACCGUCCACUUGAAACAGAGAGUGCCGUCCAGGAGCCGGUGGAAGUCAUUGACACAAUGAGGCCAGAAGAGAUAGAUGCUUGGGAACAGGAGGAGCUGAACAAGAACGUGUGCUUUGACAGCUGCCGCAUUGACCCUUCCCCUUUCCAACUAGUGGAGAGAACUUCCCUGCACAAGACGCAUACAUUGUUCUCCUUACUGGGCCUCAGCCAUGCCUAUGUAACCAGUAUGGGGAAGCUAAGGGGAGUACUGGCUUUGGAAGAGCUCCAGAAGGCAAUAGAAGGCUCCACACGCUCCGGAGUUCGCCUCCGCCCACCCCUUGCCAGCUUCCGCGAUACCAACCGGACUUCCACCAGCAGUGAGAAGGUCAGUCAGGCCACUCAGAUGUGGAGCCGGCAGGACAACUGUAUGGUGGCAGCACAGCAAGGAGCGGACUUGGGCACAGAGAGCCCACUGCCCCCCUGCUCGCACUCCCCCCAGUCCUCACACUUCCACGAAGAGGGGGAAGUCCCGUGCUCUACUUAUGCCACUGAUACUGAGUUGGACGAGAUGGAGCUGACAGGGCCAGUGGCUGAAAACAUUUCAGACAUCCUCAAGGACAUAAGCCUACGCUCCACUGACCUGGAUGAGGAUGAAGAUGAGGAUGAGGAUGUCCCCUUAUAG